UUUGUAUUAUUCCAGAUUUAAUCAACAAAAUGGCUUUAUACGAUUUGGAUGCAACACCCCCGGCUCCUCCACCACUAAACCCAUUACUUUUCCAACAAAAAUCGAGUCAACAAAGCGGAUUUCGACUUCAAGAUCAAAACGACGAAACCGCCUCCAUUUACAGCGUUUAUAAACAAAAAAUCGACGCGAUGUUUGAGAGCGAUUCCUCAUCGAAAACGACUCAAAACUCGGUUCAAGCGCGAAUCGAGAAAAUGUUUAGUGACAUAACUAAGGAUUGCAACAAUUUAUUUCCGGCGCCCUCAACGGAAAUUGGAUGCCAUACAUUUUCUGUCGAUUAUUUAGGCAGCGUAACUCUCCAAGAAAAAGUAACAAGUCUAGCCGGGUUACAAACCCCGUUAAAAGAGCUCUAUUUUUCUUACAAAAAAAACACCAAGCACAAGAAAACGUUAACUGGGCGCUUAGAAAUAUCAUCGAGCGGGCUAAAAGUGCAAUAUCAAGGCGAAAAGGGCGAUUUGGAACAAUUAAACUCAUUCCCAACAAUCGCGGUGUGGUCAGCUGUCAAAUUCGUGAUUCAAGACCAUAAUUACGCCUUUUUACCUUUAAUAACCGACCCUGAUAAUUUAGACAAACAACAAUUAUUCCAAAACUUCACCCAACAAGAAUUCAAAAACUUAAACAACGAAAAUCAUUUUCCCCUUUUCGCCGUCGUUAUGAGAAAAAUCGGGGUCCAAAAGCAAUUGGAAUGCCACGCUUUUAUUUGUCAAACGUCAGAGGACGCCAUCGUCAUUGCGGCCACCCUGUAUAAAGCGUUAAUGGCCCACAUGAAAGCGAAAGAAAAGAAGCCAAAAAGCAAAAAUGGGGUUACUUGCAUGUCGAUGACUUCGAGCAUUUACAACGAAGGGGUUAAUUCGCCCCCUCAAAUCCCUGUAAGACCCCCGAGGAAAAAACGGGGCUCAAUUUGCUCCAAUAAAAGUCAAGAAGAUACCAUUGAGACUUUAGGGACUUCCGACACUCAACCUUUAUUGAGUGACAAAGAGGUUCAAUCAAAAAAAGUUUCCAAGCCUAAACGCGCAGCUCCUAAAGCUCCUAAUGUGUUAAAUCAAAAUGAUUUAGACGCCAUUUUACCGUACGAGGAACCUUCCGAUGAGAAUCAAAUCGAAACGAUUCAAAAAGAAAUCCAAGAAAUCAAGCCUCAAUCGAUCAUGGAUAAAUUUAACACUUAUAGGAGCACCCACCAGAAGCAAAUAACGGCCGAAAUAAAGCAAGUUAUGAACGAGACGACUAAUAUGGGACUAAAACGAGUUAAAAGUGUGCGAAAACGGGACGAAGAUAUCAAAGGGAACGAUAAUUCCGGGGAUAUUUUAACGAAAGUUACUAUUCCAAGGAGUGGGAGCUUUUUGAACGCCGGGGGUUUGACCAGGUAUAAAUCAAAAGUACAAAGAUCAAACGGGCAAGCGAGUGGUGGUUCCCCGCUCGGUUUUAGCGAGCUAUUCAACGAAUUUCGUCUCCAAGAGGGUCUACACUCCGUCGAUGAAAUACUCGGAGUCAUCAUAGACCCCGAAGGGAUGUCUUUUAACGACCUAAAACCGAUUUACAAAGAAUUCCUUUUAAAACUCGCCUUAACGUUAACGAAAGACGAGCUUUAUCAGCGUUCGAAGCUGAUAAUGAGGAGGCACAAAAAGAAAUUGAUGAAGAGUCAAAACGGGAAGAAGCGCGUCGCCGCUUACACGAAAUUUAAGCGCUUAAAGCACAUCUUUCAAAAAUUAAAGGCUGUGAAAGAUUUGCAAGAGACGUCGAAGAAAGAUGUUAGCGAAAAAACCAUCGAGAGCAGCUUAAGUUCGUCGUCUUACGACACGCGGCAAUUUCAACCGAAAGAAAAGUGCGUAACGAGGAGGCAAAGUUAUCGAAAAAGGAACCAAAAUCGUGUGAGGAAAGACCGCGUUUCGACGUCGGAGGAGAGUGAUUUUUUUUCAUUGAAGAGGAAAAAAAAUUUUAUUUCAACUCAUAAUCGAAAUUCGUCUUCGGGUUACGUUUCGUGUUCGGAGUGCAGUUACGACUCGGAUUCUUGCACUUGCGUCUCGGCCGAUAAAUGUUAUUGUUCGUUGGGAGACAAGAACAAUAAGGGACAUAAAAAGGAUUUAAUUUAUUGCGGUUGCGACACCGAUAGCUGCACCGACAGCAAUAAAUGUUAUUGCACGAUCAAAAAGGAUCACAACGGGAUGGGAAAAAGCACGAUUUUCGAACAACUAAAAGAGCGGGGAUUCAUCCCGACCUCGCAAGAAGUCAAAACGCCCCCGAAUCAUCGAAAGUUGUGCAAAAAGAAUUCAAACACGAAAAGCACGAAGAGUUUGUUGGAAUAUGUCCCUUGUAAAGAACAAUAUUAUGAGAAAUUAAAGAAGAAUAAAAAGAGGGGGUGCGAAAAUUUAGCGGUCGAUUACGAAUUAUUUUCAAUCGCAAAUGGGAAAAUUUGUAAUAUUAAUUCGAGCCUUUAUGGAGGGGAAAUUGACCCAAAAAGGAAUUAUUCGAUUAAUUCUUAUAAAUACACCCAAAAUAAAAAAGUUCUCCAAUCGAUUCCGGUAAAAGGUUGCACCGAGGCGCUAUCAGUGAAGAAAUCGGCGGAAAUCGCAGCACUUUUCGCCGAUAUAAAACUAAGUCAAACAACGGACAUCGCCCAUUUAAUCCCGAAACACAUCGACCCCGAAAUUUUGAUCAAUUACCACAACUUGAACGCGCGGAGAUCGAGUUCUCGGUGCUCCUCGAGAAUCGAUUCAACACCAAUCAACAAAAUGAUCACGAACUCUUUGUACACGGCGAAAAAUGCAAUGUACAGCGCUAACAACGGGCUGUACACGAUUCAAAGUCAAUCCGACGACUCGAAAUCGAGCUUGGAACGGGGGUCCUCGAGGAAUAAGGAAACCGACAAAGUUGGGAGUGCUUUAGAAAAUUCUUUGGGGUAUUUACCCUAACUAAUUAUGAUUAUUAACGAAAUUAAGACUUAAUGAAUUAAAAUUAAUGAAGUGAUUGAUGUAAAUAAGAACGUUAUUUUGAUUGUAAUUUUUUUUCUUUAAUAAAUCGAAAAUUAAUUGAA